GUAAAGCGGUAAAUCAAGCAUUGUAAACAUUACCAAGGUCAGCAGUGUUGGAGAGAUUGAAAUACGGGUCUAAUGAUGCCUGAUAUUACUUAGUUAAUUAUUGACGUGAUUUUGUCACUAUAUACACAAUGUUUGCUCCAUUUGGAAGUCUUGGUAAUAGUAAACUAGAUGAAGUUUUAGCAAAGGAUAUUGAAGUAAAACAACUACUGCACAAUGAAAUUAAUGAACUUAAAGUCAAUUCUGAUCAACUUCAAAAGAAUCUCGAUCUUCAAACAUCACAGUUUGAAAAACUAAAACGUGACUUCAUUUUUAAUUUUCGGUUAAUCAAGGAGCGAGAUCUGGCGAUUAAUAAACUUAGUGGACGUGUCUCUUCUCUAAUCAAUAAUAUUCAUUCGAGGGAUAUUCUAAUUAGUGAAAUCAAAGUUUCCUUAGAUCGUACACAAUCAGAGCUUGCACAGGUGAAAUCAUCGGAAGCAAAAUUAAGAGAGGACAUUGAAGAAUCUCUCCACGAAACUGUCAAACGAGAACAAAAGCUACUUGAAAAACACAAUGCAAUAAUUGAGGUAUUAAGAAAAACUGAAACUGAAGAACGCAUCAAAUUGCAAAACAAUAUUAAUCGUCUUCAGUCAGAACUUGAGAAGGAAAGACUUCAUGCCGCUGUUGAACUGCAGACUGCAAUCGACGACGCAGUGAAAGAGAAAGAAAGACUCAGAGCUGAUACUGCACAAAAAAUCUUUGACCUAGAAUUACGUAUCCAUCUUGCAAAUGAGUCUGUUGAACUAGCUAAUAAAACUAAACAUGAUUAUAUAAAAGAAUUAUCAUCUAAGGAGGAAGAAAUAUGCAAUUUAAACUGUACAUUAAACGAAAUGAAUAAAACAAUUGAAUCACAAAGGCUUGAAAUUCAAGAUUUGCACACGCGGUUAAAUGAAUCCAAAUUGAAGCAGGUGUUACUUGAAUCAACUAAAGCUCAAAACGAAGAACUAGCAACGUCACAAAAAGCUGAGCUUACAGAAGAAAUUGAUAAACUGAAAUUAACAUUACAACAUUCUGAUGAAAAAAUACUCACUAUCACUACUAAUUAUGAAGAACAAGUGAAUUCACUUCAAAUAGAUAAACAACAUUUAAUUGAAUCAUUGAAUCAAUUAAAACAACAAAUUGAAAAUAUUCACAAAUUAUGGAAUGAAGAAAAAAUCAAAUAUCAACAUGCUCAAUAUAAUAUACAAAUGUUACAAAUACAAAUAAAACAACUUAAUGAUGAUUUAAAACAAGCAUUAUUAAUAAAACCUAAUCUUUAUUUACAUCAAAAUAAUCAACAUGAUCAUCUUAUUGAACAAUUAAAUUCUAUUACAAAUCAUUGUAAUCAAUUAGAAAAUGAAAAUAUACAAUUAAAACAAACAAUAAACAUAAUGUCAGAACAAGCGAAACAAUUUGCUCAAUUAUCAAUCAUAAAUGAUAAUGAUUAUAAAUUAUCUAAAGCAAUUAAACAAAUUUAUCGAUUAUCUAUAGAAAAACAAUCAUUAAUUGAAUUAAGCAAUAGACUUCAAUCGAAAUUACGUCAAUUAAAUCAAUAUCAACAACAAUCAAUCAAUAAUAAUGAUGAUUUAAACAAUAAUCAAAAUUCAAUGAUCAAUCAUUUAAAUAUGAUAGAUAAUGUAAAAAAUAUGAAGAAACCGUUAAAUAAUAAUAAUGAUAAUGAAUCUAUUACGAUGAUAAAAGAUAAUCUAAAGAAUACUCAUUUAGAUAAUGAUCAUGAUCAGAAACAGCAACAACAUCAGUAUCAUAUGACUGAUGAUGUUGAAUCAAUAAUAACAGGGAAAGGAUCUAUUUCUACUAUAUUUAAAUUAUUAGAUGAAGUUCAUUCAUUAAAUAGUGAAAAUGAUAUUGAAAGUUUAUAUGGAAAUAGAUUAAUUAUACAAGGAAAACAUAAAUAUAUCCAUAAUUCUAAAGUAUAAACUUUACUUUUCUUUUUUUACUUACUUAUACCUGUUAUUCCCAAUGGAGUAUAAGCCACCACCCAGUAUUCUCCAAUCCACACUCUGUUAUACGCCUUCCUAUUUCUCGGUGUAAUAUGUUCUUUGGUUCUUCCUCCUGUUCUCCUUUGACUUUGAGGAUUACAUGUGAGAGCUUGCCUUGUAACACAGUUGGGUGCUUUCCUCAAUAUGUGUCCUAUCUAUUGUCAGCGCUUCUUCCUCCAGUGGGAUCUGGUUUGAAGUACAAACCUACUUAUGGUCUAAUCAAUAAAUUGUUGUGAUUAUUUAGAGAGAUUUACAUAAUAUCUGUAACUAAUUGUAUAAUAUCAUUCAUAUUAAAUUAAAGGUAAUCAUUAUAUACAAUGAAUUCAAAUAUAAAUACAUAUCAC